UGAAGCGUCUAUGAACAUCCAUGAAUAUGCAGCCCUAACUGUAGGGAAGAGUUUAAGUUGAAAUUGACUGCGAUUUGUUUUGUGUACAACUGACUGUGAGGGAACAUCACCUGGCCAGUGAGUGGAUCGGUGGCUGUCUGACUUGAGCCAGCUAAUUACGGAGAUGGCAUGGGACUCAGGUAUCUGACCUUCUCCUUGGAAACUGUUUACCUGUGCAUCACACAUGUGAAAGGGCUCGCUAUAGCACAGGUGUGUCUAGACAGUAUUUUCCGCUAGAUGGCUCCUGGUAGCCACGUGAUUUCUGUGCUCAAUGAACAAGUCGCCGCCAUUCCAGGAAUCAGCCUACUUUGUGCACCAGCGCUACGAGGACACUGCUCACGUGGUCUUCCAACAGCUUCAGAAGAAGAAGAAAGACUUGUCCCAAGGGAAACCAAGACAACCUGACGAUGCUAGUGCUGGUGUUGAAGUAACUCACUAUGGUAACGUGGGCGUGAUUGCACGAAAGGAAGCCGCUGAACGAUUCGCUGCGUAUAGGAAGGCUGAGAAAGAGGAGAAGAAGAAGGCAGAGAAGAAGGCGGAGAAGAAGGCAGAGAAGAGCUCAAAGAACAAAGACUCUACUCCUAAGAAAGGUGCUAAAGCCUUGAAAGAACCAUCUGUGACUGAAAAGUAUACUCCAUUAUCGAGUCCCGGGGCAGACACAUCUAGGUUUUCAUAGUGAUCACUCACCGUACAGUCGGAGGGAGACCAGUCUUAGUUCUGACAAUAGUACACCAUUUCAGAGUCCCAGAAGUGCACAGUUGUCUUUUAGAACUGAACUUGAAUUUAAAGAGGUUCCACUGAGUCCAAAGAGAACGCAAACAAAUCCCAUUGAAACACAAAACAGUCCAGUAGUAACUUUGAAAAGUACCAGAGAGACACUGAACAGCCCUAAAAGGACCGUGAGUAGUCCUAAAGAUUCACCUAAUAGAUCUAGGGAGACAAGUCCUAAAGAGACAUUAAAUAGUCACAAGAGACACUAAAUGACCUUGAGGCUGCACCAAGGAAGCCUAGAGAAACCCCGAACCAUCCAGUAGAAACAUUGAACAGUACUAGAGUGACCUUAAAUAACCCUAAAGCAUUGAAUAGCCCUAAUAAUUCACUGAAUAGUCCUAGAGAUUCAUUGAAUAGUCCGAAAGAGACCUUAAAUAGUUCGGGAGAAGCUUCGAGUAGCUUCAGGUCUGUAGAAACAGCAAGUAGUCCUCAGGAAAACAGCUUUGGCAUAGAAGAGGAAUCUCUACCAUAUAGCCCCAAAGAAGUUAGCUUCACAUCAGAACAAGACUUUGUACCUCUGAGCCCUAAUGGGAAGGAUCUGAGUUCAGAAGAAGACAAAUCACAGGUCCUUGACGACAGUGACAGUGUUGUUGACUUUGGUCACUACGGUAACACAGGAGUGGUAGCCACAAAACAGGCGGCUACUCGGGUUACGUCGAUCACCAGGAAAGAAGGGAGAAGUGUUCAGAGUAAAGUCUGUCAGAUAAUGUGACAACAUAGGGAGAUGUCCAUGCCAUUUGUGCCAACUACGUAGUGUAGAUCACGAAAGCAUUUGUACAAGGUUGUGGAAGCAUAGCUCGUAAAUAACCUGUGUAAAUUUGGAUAAUAUUGGCGAUUUUAGGAGUGCUUCCAGUGCUGGUGACUUGACAAUCAGAUUAACUCAGCUCCGGCUUCACAUUCAUACCCAUCGAAUUCAAUAACUUUGUCUUGGAAGUAUAUUUUAGCUGUGCAAAAUUAGGAAGAGUGGACUCAAUUCAGCCUGUGUUUGAAGUGUUGAAUACUGGUUUCAACAGAAAUAAUUGUUCUUUGAAUUGGUGUGUGUUAGUCUGUGUUCUUGAUCCAAUAUGGAGCUUCAUCCUAUGUUAGACACAGAUACAUCUGCCAAUCCAAGCUUAUGGUACGUGUUGGCAACAUCGGGGGAAAGUCCCACCAUGAGGGUAGGACACACGUGUACAUACAUCAAAGGGAAGGAUUACGCUGGGAAGGAGGAUGCUGGGAAGUUGUAUGUAAUUGGUGGCGCGAACCCAAGUGGGAUGUUUGCUGACACCUAUGUACUGGAUCUCAAUACUCUGCAAUGGGAUACCAUCGACGCCACAGGGCUCCGUGCCCGUUACGAACAUGUAGCAUUCUGUGCAGAAAGUCUUCCGGGAAAAAUCUUCAUUUUCGGUGGUGCUGAUCAGAGUGGGAAUAUGAACGAGGUCCAGUGCCUGGAUACAGCCGACAACUCAUGGAGCACUGUGGCAGUAUCUGGAACGGCACCUGCUCCCCGGACAUUUCACACGACGGCAGUUGUCAAGGACAAGCUUAUUGUCUACAGUGGCGGCCAUAGUGGGGCUGAUCCAGUUGGAGAUCGACAAGUCCACAGCUACGAUGUAUCUACUUCCACAUGGUCUGUGUUAAGUCUGCGCGGAGAUUCACCCAAACCUCGUCAUGGACAUGUCAUGGUUGCUAUUGGCAACAGAGUUUUUGUGCAUGGUGGUAUGGCUGGGUCAUCUUUCUAUGAUGAUCUUCAUGUCCUUGACCUUGACAAGAAUGCUUGGAGUAAUGUGAAGCGCAAGAAGAUGUGCCCGUCUGCUAGAGCAGGUCACAGUGGUGUUGCAGACGGCACAGAUCUCUACAUCUUUGGUGGGAUGAACAGGGAUGGUGCUCUGGAUGAUAUGUACAAGCUUGAUACAGUGUCGAUGGUAUGGACGAAGGUGGAGCUUCAGGGCCCUCCACCACCAAGUCGUCUGGACUUUGGCAUGUGUGUCAUCAACCUCUUCCGAUCACAAAACCCAAACCAAGACUUGAGCACAGAUAUCGCAGCAACUUCAAAGAAGGCCCAGGAAGUCCUGGACACCGAGCUGAAACCAGGAAGUGCCAGCUCCCGGGACUCCAGACAGGACAAUGGUCCAGACUUGGCCAGCAUUGGAGCCGACAUGGAAUUAGCUGGAGCAGAAAGUCUUGAGGCACUGGGAGAGAAGUCAAAGGGAGAGAACUCUAAAGACCCAGCCAAGGAAGCACCUGCAGCUGACAAGAAGAAACUCACCCUGUGUCUGGUGAAUGGCGGCAUGGAUACUGAAGGAGAGAUAUUUGAUGACACCCUUGUCAUUCUGCUGCAGGGGUCGUAGUGGUCAACUACACUGUAACAAUGUGUUGCUUGAUGUGUCUUGUGUAUGGGUACAAAACCUCAUCUACUGCUUGCAGUAGAGAAACAAGGCCUCAUUACAGCAUUUUAUGUAUGCUUCAAGACAUAUCCAACUUCUGACACCAAUAGCAAAUGGAAGACAGAAAGACAAAUGUAUCCUACCUGUAAAUCAAGUUGUGUCAUGUUACAACCUGGGAGGCCAACCUCUGUGUUAAUUAGAUCACCCAUGGCUUGAUAUUGUGGAAGGCAGGAGUUUGUGAAUGAGGUGACAUUGGUGUU